UGUCGUAAAAUAAAAAUGUUGGUUAGUCGUUCUCGGGGGACUGAAGUGGUAAACCUUGUUUGGAUUGCAUUCAGUGAAGAACAUCGAGUCGCGCUGAGUUUGUUGAGGUGAGGUGCCUGAGUAAAAGAAAUUAAAAAUGAACGAAGAAAAUCUGCAUCUGGCCCAGGCACUCGUUGAAAUGGGUCUCGAGGACCAGCCGCAGUUGCCAAAGAAAACGCUCGUCAGCAAAGUCCAGGAAAAGGUCCAAGGAUUCAGCUUCAAGUUGGAUGGAUCACACGAACCUCAGGAGAGAAGGCGAACCCGGUCCUUGAAUGCCCCGAGUCCAAUCCAGCAGUUUGGGCCCUGCGGCCGGAUCAUGAAGAACUCCGCGAUGGUUAUGACGAUACAGGAUCCCGCAAGCCAGAGGCUCACCUGGUACAAGCCACCGCUAACAGUUCUUGUCAUCAAGAAGGUUCGAGAUGUGUCGGUACUUCAACCAUUUGUCCAACUUGUCAACUGGCUAAUCGAGGAGAAGCACAUGGUUGUGUUUGUGGAGCAAACAGUUAUGGAUGACACCUUGCUCGUCAACAAUCCGAGCUUCUCGGUCGUGAAGGACAAGCUCAUGACAUUCCGAGAUGGAAAGGAUGAUCUCACCGACAAGAUUGACUUCAUCAUUUGUCUUGGUGGUGAUGGAACACUUCUGUAUGCCAGUUUGUUGUUCCAGCAAUCUGUGCCACCUGUCAUGGCAUUUCAUCUUGGUUCCUUGGGAUUUCUCACGCCAUUUGAAUUUGACAACUUCCAGGAGCAAGUUACAAAUGUGUUGGAAGGACACGCAGCAUUAACGCUUCGAAGUAGACUGAGGUGCAUCAUUAUGAGGAAGAAUGAUGAACUAAGCAAAUCAUCAAAACCUCCCACAAAUCUCCUCGUACUUAACGAAGUGGUGAUUGACCGAGGACCUUCGCCUUACCUCUCUAACAUUGAUCUCUUCCUGGACGGCAAACACAUCACAUCAGUGCAGGGCGACGGUCUCAUCGUUUCGACGCCAACCGGAAGCACGGCUUAUGCAGUAGCAGCUGGAGCAUCCAUGAUCCACCCCAGUGUCCCGGCCAUCAUGGUCACUCCAAUCUGUCCGCACUCUCUCUCUUUCAGGCCCAUUGUGGUCCCUGCAGGAGUUGAACUAAAGGUAAUGCAAUAAUAAUAGUUAAAAUUAAAUAUUGGUAAGUCAGGUUAAGUUAGUUUAAGUUAUGAAGUUAUAUACAGAACAAUGCUGGUUUCUUUUUGCAUGGGUUUGAAACAUGAUCUGUUACAAGAACAUAAAAUACAGAUGUUGCAAGACAGUGCUCAGGAAAAACUUGGGCCUUGGAAGAAAGAUGUAAGUAAUAGAUUUAAGACACGAAAUAAUGAGGAACUUAAUGAUUUAUACAAGUCACCUGUCAUUGUGAUGGUGAAAUCUCGUAUGCUUAGGUGGGCUCGACAUGUGGCUAGUAUGGGAGAAACAAGAAAGGGUUAGUCUUGUUUUGGAUAGACAUCCCCUUGGAAGACCAAGAAAGAGAUGGAAAGAUAACAUUAAGAUGGAUCGUAUAUUCAUAGGUUGUGAGUACUGUACUAGUUGGAUUAGUUACUUAGGACCGAACAUGAUGACACUUAAUUUUUGUUUAUGUGUCUCAUAAACAUUCAUCACCUGGAUUAAAUGUUUACUUAGCAAAUUAAUAAUCAGUGAGAAGUUCCCAGUAACAUAUUAUUUUUCUGGACAUAUUAUUUGUGAUAAUGUUAUUAAUUUGUGCAGAUUUAUAUUAUUUUUGUGCUUCCUUUAUAUUAUUCUAAUAUUAAUAAUAUACAUGCAUUACCCAGUCAUGUCAUACGGAACUUCCAUAAUUGCAAGAAAAGUGAAUGCAUGAAUUUAGAAGCUAAUCUAUCUUAGACUUAGAGCAUGUUUUCUAGGAAUAUUUUGGAACUCACACUUAAUUUUUCUCCUUAUGCCUCUAGAGAUAUUACCAUCUGAAAUUUAAAUAUUGUGUUCUGUGCUGGAAAUAACAGUUCUGUUUAGACAUACAUAAAAGUGUCUUGCAUUACAUUGUGAGCUAUAGAAAGAAAAUAAAUUAUUAGAAGUAAGUACUCACA